GCAAUGUUUCACCGCGUCGCCUUUCUUGCUGCUUUUCUCGCCCUGAUCUGCGCCAGCCAUGUGGACGCGGGAUUGAGCAUCACAGUGCCGGGUACUAAGUGGUGCGGUCCCGGCAACAUAGCCAACAGCUAUGACGAUCUCGGCACUGAGCGCGAGGUGGACAUGUGCUGUCGGGCGCACGACAACUGUGAGGAGAAGAUUUCGCCGCAAGAAGAAGCCUUUGGUCUGCAGAACGACGGAGUUUUCCCCAUAUUCUCCUGCGCCUGCGAGGCCGCCUUCCGCAGCUGUCUCACCGCCCUGCGCAACGGCCACUCCCUGACUCUGGGCAAGAUCUACUUCAGUACCAAGGAUGUGUGCUUUGGCUACGGCCACCCCAUCCUUUCCUGCCGGGAGAAGCAGGCAGAUCUGUUCGAGACGCGGUGUCUAAGCUACCGAGUGGACGAAGGUCAGCCCCAGCGCUGGCAGUUCUACGACUUGGCGCUCUACACGCACGUCAGCGGCAGUGAGGAGGAUUCCUGAGAUCGAUUGUGAAGGUGGAUGUUUUGUGUAAUCAAAUUGUAAAAUUAACUGUUUGUAUGGAUUGAAAUUUAGUAAAACUAUUUUUCGAAAUUGUAUUGAAAAUGUUUUUAAGCGCAUCCUAAGAAAUAAACUUUCUUAGGAAAAUUAUAUGUUUUACAAUACUUCACUUAUAAAAUAUUAUACGUCCACUUUGGGAUUGCUUUA